AUGGAUGGACAAGAUAAUAUUGUAAUUUCAAAUCAAGAACCAUCAAAACGGAAAAAGUGUCAUGGUAAUCGAAGAAAUCAACGUUUUCGAAGAAAAUGUCGUACUGAAAAAAUGAAACCGGCUGAAAUAGAAAAAUUAAUCAAAAAAAGAAAUCGUAUUUAUGAGAAAAAUAAAAAGACAAAAUAUAAUAAAGAAUCAACAAAAUUAAAAAGUGAUUUAAUAUCAUCAGGACAAAAUUAUCAAUCACAACCAGUACUUAAAACAGCAGCAUGUCUUAAUAAACGUAAACGCGAUAUAUCAUCACAACAACUGUCAUCAACAAUUAUAAAUCAAAAAAUACCAAAAACAACAAGCUCAAUAUCUAUUUUACAACCAUCAACAAAAAAAAUCAAAAAUAUUUCAGAAACAAUGGAUAUUGAUCCAAUAAUCAAUAGAAAUAAUAAUGAUAUAAAUGAACACAUAAAGUAUCGACAACCAAUGUAUUUAACACGAUCAUCAUUUGAACUCUGUGAAAUAUUAAAUAAAACUUUAAAUUAUUCAUUAAAGAAAACCGAUGAAAAACAAUUUAUUCAUGUACGACUUCAACUAUUAGAUCAACAAUAUUGUUUAGAAAUAGAUCAACAAUUAUGGCAAUCUUAUUUAGAUAUUGGUUUACAACAACAUUUAUGGCCAGAUCAAUUUUAUACGAUGCUAAAGACAAAUGAUUUCGAUUUAUGUAAACAAUAUGCGAUGAAUUAUAUAGAAAAUAAUAAGAAACAAUUGAAUCAUUGUCAAUUUGAAUUAGCAAAACAAGAACAACAAUAUCAAACAUGUCUAAUUCAGGGAUUAUCAUUCGAAUAUAUUGAAUCUCGACUUAAAGAAUUAGUCGAUCGUGAACGAAAAUAUUUAUCAAAAAGAAAUAAUGAUAAAUUGAUCAAGUUUAAAGAUGAUAUUUCUGAAAAAAAACUAUUGCCAACGAUAUCUACUACUACUCUUAUGAAUAAUCAACAAAACGAAUAUAUUAAUCGAUUGAUUACAAUACGUGAAAAACAAGCAGAAAUUUGGAAAGAACAAUUAAUGUUAGAAACACGAAUUCAUUGUAAAUUUUUACCGCAAAAUUUUGAUGAUUUGGAGAAACUCAUCUCACCGAUUAAUUAUUUACCAUUGGAUAAUAAUGCAAAAGUUAUUGAAAUAAAAAAUAAACGCUAUAAAAUUAUACAAGAAGCUAAACGUCUAUGUUUAAAUUAUUUCUUAAAUAUUUUUGAAAUAAAAAUACAAGAAUAUGAACAACACUAUCAAAAUAAAUUCAUUAAAUUGAACUAA